AUGGCAUUGGUUGCCCAGUGCCCGACCCUCUGCGGCCUUUCGUUAGAGAUUCUGGAGUGUAUCAUCCGGUAUCUUGAGCCCGAUAUCAACUCGAUCGCUCAGCUAGCAGCCGUGUCGCCUCGCCUGAGUGCCGUUGCAGUUCCAUUUCUUUACCGUGCUAUCGUCGUCCUUCAUGAGUAUCAAAUCAAAAGCUUCACAGAGACCGUGCAGAGGCCACGAGUGCGCGAUACUCUCCGGAUUCUCACUAUCCAUCUUCACGAGCCCGCGAGAAAUAAUGGGCCAUCCGCCGAGGAGUUGUCUUUAGAGCUCGGUUUCCUGUUUCGUUUCUGCGAUCUCACAAUACUGACUCUUGUCGGUGCAUCCGCUGAUACUUUUGACCAGUUCAGCGCCGGGGACAGAUACUGUACUGCCCUCGAAGAGCUUUCGCUCUACUGCUGCGAUCUCUCUCCUUGGGCAAUAAGUCAGCUUCUCGGCCUUCCUAGAGCUCUUCGCUUCCUGACGUACAAGGGGUCGAGGCCAAGGGAAUCAUACCCUGGUGGGAAAGGGCCCGUACAUACCACGACUGAUCAUGCGGCGUACGUGACAGCCAUAAAUCAGCAGGCGUACUCGCUCGUCGCCCUUGACGUCGAUUUCCCAGUCGUCAAUCAUGGUCCGAACGACCCCAUCGACCUCACCCGCCUCACCUCUCUUCGCGAACUCACCAUCAGGUCGGGCGCAUUGCACUUCGAGGACCUGAGAGAUUCCAAAACCCUCUAUGUGAGCUUCAGCUUACUUCCUCGCGGCCUAAUCUCUCUCACAAUUUGGCUCAGGAAGGAUCCCAAAUUUCCCACAAUCGAUUUGGUAAACACCUAUGGCUUUGCACUACAUGAAGCACUCAGCCUCGGAGUGCUGGAUCAUUUGCGAGUCUUCACGUUAAACGCCUUCGAAUUGGUUCGACUAGGUGAAAUCACGUCGCAUAGCUCCAGUUUGGGACUGGCUAACAGUUUCGGGCAAACAUUCGAGCUGCGCUUCGGUCGCCAGGUUUCCUGGGAGACUCUGCCGGGUCUGGAUUGCGAAUGUGCGUUUUAUGGGCCGGGCAUUCAGUACUGCAAGCGUCUCAAUGGUCAGAUGAGCUAUCGCCAACCCGGUAGUCCUCACAGGCAGAUGUCCACAUAG